AUGGCUACAGAAGAUAUCAACAACAAUAAGAGAAGUGAUAAUGACGACGAAAAUGAAAAUCAAGUUGAUCCCUUGAAAGUUAUAGAUACUUUAUUCAAUGAUUAUGACUACGACCCCAAAGAUACUCCAUCAUCAAUAACUACAACAGAUCACAUCUAUCCUGAAUUGAUUCUUCAAGAGUCUGAACAUGGCAACAAAUAUUAUUCAUGUUUCCAAAGUUAUAAUCGACAAUUUAUAAAUGAUCCUACCACUACGACUACAACUACUAAUAACAUUAAUCAUCAUUCAGAGAUUGUGCGAUGGACAGGUUCAACGAUUGAAUUGACUGCUAGUAUUAUACUAGAUAAUUGGUUGAAUCAAAGUUCCGGAAAUGGCACUAAAUCUAAUAAUAAUAGUGGCAGUAAUAGCACGACCACUACACUGAAACGACAUAUAUCUCGACCUAAUGCAUUGUUUGUAUGGGCAUCAACAGAUGAAUAUAUUGAAGAACGGAAAAAGGAAUUACGUCGACUACAAAAACUAAAAGAUAAUGGGCAAGAUCAAACUCAAGAUAAAUCACAACAAAUCCAAAAUGGCACUAAUAAUAGGCCAACUGAUGAUAGCAAAAACAAGAAUAACAGUAGUACUGGUAAGAGUAAACAAGAUAUAGUUAAACAAAAUCUAAAGCAAAAAUUAGAUAUUGAAUUCUCAAAUGUUGCCAUUAAUAAUAAAUUGAAUAGAAUUAUUGAAAUUGAAUCAAAUAAAUUUAUUCAUGCAAGAAUUCAAAGAAUUAAAGCUCAUUAUAGUGAACAAAUGGAAAAACAAAUAAAUGAACGGAAAAGAAAAGAUCAAGAAUUAUAUUUGAAAAAAUUGAAAUUAAAAGAAGAAGAAUAUGAACAAGAAUCUUCACUUCGAUCUAAGAAUUCUACAAACAGUGGUGGUGGAACAUUUUUAGGAAACUUAUUUGGAUUCAAUUCUGCUACUGUUGGUGGAACCAGUGUCAAUACUUUGGAAUCUACAUAUAAUAAUCGAUCAUCGACAGAAAGUAGUCGUACUAUGGAUUCAACUAAUGCUAGUAUUACUACACCAUCAGUAAUGACUCCAUCAGCGAAACCAAAGAGAUUCCCAUUGUUUUCCGUGGCAGGCUUAUUUGGGGGAUCAUCGAAGAAAAAUUCAAGUAAAACAGUUUUAUUUGAACCUAAUGAAAUAAAUGAAGAUGGGAAAGACGAGACAAACUUGUCUACUCCGACAAUUGAGAAUAAUGAACUGGUGGAUCCAGAAAAUGGCACGCGGCCAAAUAUAGUAAUAGACCAAGAUCUGGAAUCAAAGCCACUACCAUCACCUCCACUACCACCAAAACCAAAACCAUGUGAGAAUAGACUGACUCCAGAUUUGAAUCAAGACGAUACUAAUAAUCAACACCCAACACAACCACAAACAACUGCAACUACAACUACAACUACAAACAAUUUCUUUUCUAUAGACGAAUUAGAACAGCAUAUUAAAAAAUCUGCUGAACCCAGUCCCUCAAAAUCCAACAAGUUCAAUGAUUUCUUAGCUAAGGGUCAACCUACUGAGAACGGCACAACAAGCACAAAUGAUAACAAUGACUACGAUGAAGAUGAUGAAGAGUUUGAUGAUUUUACUUCUGCACAACCAAUCCAUGAUAAUAACAAUGACAUAACAAUUUUCCAAGAUCCACCAAAAUUAAAUCGUAAUUUUUUUUCAAUUGAUAAAGCUAAGGGGAAUUCUGUUUCGAAAUCUGGUCAUAAUCAAAUAAACAAUGAUCUACUUGAAAUAUUUAGUCCAACGAGAACAUCAUCAGCACCUGUGAGUAAACUGCCUAGCCCUGCAUUUAAUGAACUUAGUUUACUUGAUUUAUAA